AUGCAUUCCGCGGAGGGUCCUCCGCAAAUCGAAAUUUCCUCUGCAGAGAGGGGUAUUUUUUUUUUGUCAUUUCAACAUCUUCUCUUUCACAAAAUCGAACCCUCCUCUUUGGUCACCUCACUAGUCCCCCGAAUCCUCUUUGACAAGGACAAUCCUCCACAUCGACUUACCACCGACGAUUCCGGUGACACCGACAUCAAAUUCGGCGACAACGACGUCAUUUUCCGGCGACAUCGAUUACAUACGACUUCAAUUUCAAACUUAAAUUUUGGCAGUUAUGGAGAGCAAUGUCGCCGAUAUUUUGGCCAGAUUUGGCUAUCGGAUGCACGUUUACGGUUGACAGAUUUUGAAGACUUCACUAUGUCUCCAAAUUAUUUGGUAGUUCAAGAUGAAUAUGCUGUUAUGCUUAUCCAACUAGUUUUUAUGUUGAAGGAACUCCAUGGACGGAACGUUAAAAAUUGCAUUCCCGCUGCAGUAUACAAGAUUGCUGAUAAUAGAGAUGAUUGGAACAAGUUUGCAUGGGAAUUUAGACUAUUGAAGCAGGCUAAUCCCGAAACCAAGAAAGUACACAAGUAUACCGUUCCCGGUUUUACGCUUCCGUUUAAGAUAUGGAUUUUGGAGACGUUCCCCGAUGCAACCAAUUUUUAUAUAUGCACGCCGAUAGAAUUGCCACGAAUGAGGUCGUGGAGAAGUAAAACAUCGUUAUCUUGGGAUAACUGUCAUCGAAUAAUCAACGUGUCUGUGCCUAACAAAGAAUCUAUUCGAGUCGUGAUAGACGCGGCGGAGCUGAUGUUGCCGUUUUAUGUUCGCUACGUUAAUUGGACUCUUAACGAUGAAGAGUCUCCACCAUGGUAA